AAUUUGGCGCGAGAAGUAGAGAACUUUUGUGAUGGAGAUUGAUCGUAACUAUCGUGUUGUAAAGGAGCAUCCACUCAGUAAACUGUACCCAAGUCACCUUCAACUAUACACAAUCCCACCGAACCAAGAUAUAUCUCUUGAUGAACUUUAUGAAGUAGCUUUCACAAGACAAAAAGUAUUGCAAGAGGUUAGUAAUAUUCGUGAGAGAUCUAAGAGAGGCGAUGUACCAGACGCUGAGUUUCACUCUUUGAUGGGGCAAAAAACAAAACCAAUCACAUUGAACCCUGCACUUGGAGAAAAAAUUAAAGACAAGCACAUUAAUGAGCGUCGUAGAGAUCACAUAUCUCACUACAUACUGAGACUGGCCUACUGUGAACGUGAGGACUUGAGGAGAUGGUUCCUCUCGCAAGAAGUCGCUUUAUUGAAUUAUCGACUCCAUGAUGCUACUCCUGAUGAUUUUCAAGGUUUCAUAAAACAGUACAGGGAGUAUUUCCCUUUCACUGAAGGAAAGUUUUCUGACCUUGAAGAUAAAUCUCUAUGCAAUGAAAUGUUGUCAUUCUACAACUACAAGCAGAAGCCUACUCAAGCUUCUAAUGAAUAUUACAGUGUGCAUUUUUCUGAAGUUUUCGACUUAGUUCAGAACAGAUCUGUCAUCAUACAUAAAGGUUUUGCUUAUCUGCCUAUGAACAGAACGGACAUGAUAAUCACAUUGAUAUGCAACAAAUUUAGAAGUUUACUCUCUCAGGAUUUAGUGAGAACUGUUGCCUUUAUGAGUUUCAUUAAAGAAGACGAGAGAAUGAGAAAGACCAUCACCACCCUCAGGAAUAACUAUUUAGGCUCAGACUUUGUUAAUUCUGGUAUGAAAACCAGUGGACAGAUACGACUCAGUGACUUAGAUUCUUUAAGUAAGGAGUCAUUUUCUCCUUGCAUGAGGAAUCUUCACGAGUCCUUGAGGAAAGAGCAUCACUUGAGGCACUUUGGACGACUCCAGUACGGACUAUUCCUUAAGAGUAUUGGCAUCACUUUAGAACAAGCACUGGAAUUUUGGAGGAGCGAGUUUACUAAAAUAAUGGAGCCGGACAAGUUUGAUAAACAAUAUGCUUAUAAUGUGAGACACAGCUAUGGUAAAGAAGGAAAGAGGACUAACUAUACACCAUACAGUUGUAUGAAGAUCAUUAUGUCCAAUGGGCCCAGCAGUGGGGAUCAUCAUGGAUGCCCCUUUAAGCAUUGGGAUGGUGACAGUAUCAGCAAGAUGUUGGUCAGUUAUGGUGUCCCCAUGUCUCAAGUCACUUCUAUUCUAAGCUAUGCUCAUGACUCGCACUAUCAACUUGCUUGUCAGAAGUACUUUGAAGUCACACACAAUCUCCAGCAGAGCAAUUUCAGUCUGGAGCACCCAACACAGUAUUUCAUUGAGAGCAGGAAUGUGAGAGAAGGGAAAGUCCCACAGGUUAAAGAAGAAAGGGAUCCGGACCUACCAACACUGACCGAAGUAGAAUUAAUGGAGUUUGAUGACUUUGAUACACAAGAAAACUAAGACACAUGCAACAUCACUUUAUAACAAAUAAAAAUUAAAAAUUGA